GGGGCCCUCACCGACAGCGAUUGGCAGAAGCGCAAGCCCGCGCCGGGCAGCAAGUACGAGCAGUGGAGGGAACUGGAGAACAUGGUUCUGACCACAUUCAACCAGGAGGAGUCGCAGAUCAAGGGUUUCGUGGUGGCGGGCGGCGCCCUCUACGGCGAGGGCGAGGACACCUUCGGCCGGCUCUUCAAGGACGCCUGGUGCGGCAUCCGGGACCACGCCAUCGCGGCCCCCGGCGAGAACCGCAUCCCGAUGGUCCACGUUCGAGAUUUGUCCAGGCUCGUGAGGCAGCUCGCCUUCUACAGCCCAGACGUUUCCCCCAUGGAGACCCCGUAUUUCCUGGCCGUGGACCAGCCGCCCGCGCCGCCGGAAAAGGCGCCCUCGCCGAGCCCGCAGCAGGCCGCGCAGGCAGCCAUCGAAGACGGAGUAUCGAAAGACGAGUCCGUUGCGGAGGGUGAGGCUGCGGGCGACGAGGAGCUGCCGCAGGAAGCGGCAGAGGAGGAGCUGGAGCAGCAGGAGGCGACAGAGGAGGAACCGGAGGCGAAGGAGGCGGAGGAGGCGGAGGAUGGCGGCGCGGAGGGCCUGGAGGACGGCGGCUUGGAGGAGAAGCGAAAGUCCAUGCCGUCCACCCAGGCCGAGAUCGUGCAGGGUAUCGUGGACGAGAUGGCCGAUCACUAUGACGUGCCCGUCGUAGAGCCCUCGCAGGCGUUGACCACCGAGCCCGACGCCGAUUUCCCGAGCGCCAAGGACACACUGGCGCUCGAUCUGGUCGUGGAGCCUUCCAAGAUCAUGCUCGACGAGGAGUUUGCGGCCGCGAGCGACCCGCCGGGCUGGUGGUGCCGCGAGGGGAUGCUGGCCAAUGCGAGGAAGAUCGCUGGAGAGUUCUGCGUGCAGCGGCAGCUGCGCGCGGUGCGCGUCGUCGUCGCGGGCCCACCGGCCUCCGGCAAGUCCACGCUGUGCAGGGCCAUCUCAGAGCAUUUCCGGAUCCCUUGCCUCGGGCUGGACCCGAAGGACCUCGACGCGACGACGGCCCAGCUGUCGGGCAACGUCUGCCGCUACCGAGGCUUCGUCCUCGACGCUGGGCUGGUGGGCUUCGAGGAGAUCGAGAAGCUCUUCUGCUACGACGCAGAGGUCGAGCGGGGCGAGGACGAGGAGGAAGAGGAUGCCGAACCGCAAGAGGACCUGGAGGACGGCGAGGAGGGCGCCAUGGCGCGCCCGAAAGUGAAGACAGAACGCCGCAUCAACACGGACCUCUGCCCCGAGUUCGUCGUGGUGACCCAGGCGCCGGAGCCACUGUGCCGGGCGCGCUUCAAGCAGCAGAGGGGCGGCGGCGCCAUCGAUGCUUUUGAGCUCAGUCACCAGCUGUACGCGGAGCUGAACCUGUCGGAACGGUCCACCUUCGCGGACUUCUUCCAGGAUGUUGCCAAGAUCGGCGUGUUCAACCUGCCUGUCGCGGGCAAGGACGAGGAGGACAUGUUCGAGAGCGCGCGCAUCUACAUAGAGAAAGUUGGCCGGCCGUGGCCCUGGCCGCGGUUAGUCUGCGGCAGGGGCGUGAGCACGGGGGAGCUGUUCCAUGGACGCUGUUGCGCCCAGGGCGUCGUGGCUGCGCUCGGCCACCCGUCGGCUCCGCGUGUGGAGCAGCCCCGCGUGGCUGCGGAGGAAGUCUCGCUCGACGUCCUCACCACUCUGCCGCGGGUGCUCUCUUGCCUGGGUCUUAUGGCAUUGGUGCUCGUCGGUCGCUGGACGUGA